AUGCAUCCAUCUUUAACCGGCUCACAUCGUCGAUCAUCAUUGAAUCAUAAUGAAUCAGAUGCACUAUCAUCAUGUGAACAUACACUUCCUGACGAUCAACAUAUAAAUAAAUAUUCCAAUGCAGAUCAUCACAUCAGUUCAUCACCGAUAAUUAAUAAAAAAAAUGCAUCUGUACAUCUUGGCGAUGUAAUUGAAGAUGAUGAAGAUGGAAAAGAACCAACAUCAUCAAUAACACAUUCAGCUGAUUUUUUUCGUUGGACACAUGGACAUCGACGUGUUAUGUUAACAUUCGGUACCAUAUGUCUAUUUGGCUUUAUGACCGGUGUUGAAUAUGCAGUUAUUUUACCAACUGCAUUUGAUUAUGUUAAAACAAUGACAAAUAUUAAUGUCUAUGUUGGAUUAAUUCUUUCUUCUUAUAGUAUAUCUGGUUCAAUAGCUGGAGUAAUUAUGGGAAAAAUUUCUGAUAUAACUGGCAAAGUUAAAAUUCUUAUACUAAUAUCAAGUAUAUUUGAAAUAGGUGGAAAUAUUCUAUAUUUUGUUACCAAUAAUAUUCAUAUUGUUCUAUUGGGACGAUUCAUAGCUGGAGUUGGUUUAGGCGCUGUACCACCAAUUCUUGCGGAUGUAGCUCAUCGUACAACAGAAAAAGAUCGUACCAAAGCAAUUUCUAUUAUUCUUGGAUGUCGACAACUUGGUCUACUAAUUGGUCCAUGUUUUACACUUCUUGUUCGCAUGAUGAAUUUUCAUAUAGGUUCAGUUCAUGUAAAUCAUUACAAUGGUCCAGGAUUUUUAAUGACAUCUAUAUGGUUAACACUUCAUAUUGUUUGUUGGUUUUGUUUUUAUGAUCGAACUCCAUCAACAACAACAGGACCAUCAACAUCAAAUGAUUCUCCGAAACAUAAAUAUAUACGAUCGGAUCAACCAUUAAAACAAGAAGAAAAAAAAUUAUCAUAUAAAAUUUAUUUGAAUCAAUAUAUGCGUAUUGAAAUGUUUGUUUUAUUUUGUGUUACAUUUAUUGCUUAUUUCAAUCAAACAGCAUUAGAAACAAUUGUAGCUGCAUUCACAGAAAAACAUUUUAAUUGGAAUACAAUUCAUACAUCUAUGUUAUUUGCAUUUGCUGGUUUAGAAAUUAUUUGUGUUUAUUUAUUACUUGUAUUUUUUCUAUCAAAACGUUUUGAAGAUAGAUUUUUACUUGUAUUUGGUUUUAUAUCAUUAACACUUGCCUGUACAAUAGGUGCAUUUUUUACUUGGGCAUCACUUUCAUAUGGUUGGUCCGGUAAAUCAAGUACUGGUGUUAUUGAUAAACGUUUAUUUAUAAUGUUUAUGAUUUUCGUUGUUCUUGAUUUACUUGGUUUACCAUUUUUAGCAGCUACUAGUGUAUCAUUAUUUACCAAAUUAACUGUUAAAGAAUUACAAGGAUUUUCACAAGGUAUUCAACGAUUAAUUAUGGGCAUUGGAACAAUAAUCGGUCCAAUAUUUGCAUCUACUCUUUUAAAUCGUCUUCAUAUUAUGAUGACAACAAUGCUUGGAUUAACAUUAUUUACUCUUAUUGCAUUAUUUAUUGUUCUGAAACGUUUACGUCCAUUAUCACACCAAUCAACAUCAGAUGAAAUAAAAGAUGCAAAUAAUAAUUUAAAUAAUAGUUCAUCAAUGGAAGAUGAUAGUGACGAACCAGCAUUACCAUUAUCCUCAAAAAAUUGUUAUGUUACACUUGUUCAACAUGAUGAUGAACAAAAUGAUUAUAUAGUUAAUAAAAAUUCUAAAUUUAAUUCAUUAACAAAACGUUUAUCAAAUAGUUUAACAACUAAUCUUGAUUCCCAAAUACGUUCAUCAUCAAAUAAUACAUAUCGAUAUGAUACAAGUUCGACGAAUGUACUUUAUGUAUCAGAUGAACAAAAUCGACCAUUAAAAACAUGA